AUAGCCUUCAGGCAGAAGCAGCUCGCUCAGACCGAGGAGAGACGAUCCCCGCGCACCACAGCCUCUUUAUUUUCCACAACUUGUCGCUAUCAUUUUGUUUUGAUGGGUUAAUAUAACAGAAAAUCAGAACCAAAACAUUCAUAAACGACGAAACUUGACAUGGAAUGACAAAUUUUCCCCGGAGUGGACUUUUAACACCGUCGUGUGGUGUCCCUUCUGAUGUCCACCUGUUACGGCCGGUUUCUGACCCGCAAACAGCCGCACCACGGAGCAGACAGCCCGGGUAAGAACCACCGGAGAGCCGCGGCGGCUUCAUCGGUCCGCCGCGCAGGACCUCUGCAGGGUCGACCUCAGUAUCGACUGGUCUACUACUGAGAUGGCCCGCGCAGAGACAAUCGAGAGCGUUGGGGAAACCGGAGGAAGAGGAGGAAACGACCCUCUUCCUCACCACCAUACCUGCAGCAUGGAGCUGCCCCGACCCUUCUAUCACUGUCCCGGCCUGCUCACCACCACCAGCACCUUCAGCUCUGGGACUGGGGCGGGCGGUGCAUUGCACCAACAGCCGCAACCUCUGCAGGCUUUCUACAUGUCGCGCCCGCUGCCUUACCCCCACCCGGAUGACCAGGACGAGACCCGAACUCCCCAGCGGUCACCUGCGUCAUCAUCAUCGGCCACGCCGCCACAUUCGUCACUCUGUAAUCCGGGGGAAGGGAGUGGCGGUGGCGGGGUGGGAGCACCCAGUGCCUUCACAGGAGAGCGGUCAGCAUCGCACAGAGACGAGUGCCAGGACACCUCCAGCCGUCAGGCGCCUCUGCCGGACCUGCUGCCCCAGAACGAGCUCCCCUCCGGGGCUCUCCUGCGCCGCGCGGCCCCCAGAGGAGAGGCGGCGCAGGAGAGCGAAGUCAGGAGAGUAGCCGACCAGCUGAGGUCCAUUGGAGAUGAGUUCAACACCACAGUCCUCCACAGAGCGCACGCCGCCCCCCACUGGCAAGACUGGAGGGACGCCUGCCGAGGACUCCUCACCUUCAUCACCCAGACUCUGGGAACUCUCUACAGGCUGACGUAGAGACGACCGCCUCGUCCGCCCUCUCCCCCGGGCACCGUGGCGACUUCAUACAUUCGGGGGGGCUGUGCUGGUCGUUUGGACCCGGAGGACUGGCGCGGCCUGGAAUGGAAAAGCGCCUUUGCAGAGUCUGCUGGUACGGACUGCAGCUGACGGACACAUUCCUACGUGUAUAUUUUGUAAAAUCGCGCUGCGUGCGUGCGAGAGCACGGGAGACACGGGUCAAACAAACAAGUUGUGUUUAUUGCGAUUCAGGGCAAAAUGGGAAAACGGAUUUGAAGUCGUCUUUUCCUCUUGACCUCUUGCAUUUUCAUUCAGCUGUAAUAUUAGACACCAUUUUCCUUCUGGAGGACACGUCUCUGUCAUAUGAUUUCCAAUUCCUCUUUUUAAUUAUGUAAAAAUGAAAUUUAAAAAAAAAGUUGAUCCGUGUCUGCCGUCCCCGUCAGACAAACUGUGAAACUGGACGCUGUUUUGGCGUGGCGGGGAAUAAAAGGGUGACAUCUCCCACAGAGUGAACCGAUCGGCUCCAUCGCACCUCGUGCCUUUUCCUCUCCAGUGAGGCGCUAAUCUCCAAAACAAGGACAGUAACGCACGUUUAAAGAAACGCACACAACCACUGCAAAUGCUUCUGUCUGCAGCUGCCAUUCGCGCUAAAAUUGAGAUGCUGUGACAAGGAGGAGGCCGUCUGAGCACAGACGCCGCGCAAAUCUCCCGCCACACAUUUGGCCACUGUACAUUCCCCCACUCACCACUGCCAGUGUUGCCCCCCUCUCACCCCUCGCCCACGUCAACAGUGUUUUAAGGUUUCUCGAUUGUUUCAAAUUCUCUUUGGGAAGAUCUUAACUAAUGCAGAAAAUAAAUCAAAUAAAUAAAAAGUACUUAUGAAGGCGAGCCCGGUUCACCGUGUUCAGGUGAUCGUUUUUUCUGAGUGGCCUUCGGCAAAAGUUUGAAUUUGAAUCCAGUGGAUUUGAGAAAGUGAAAAAAUAUAUAAUCUGGAUCUUUUGAUUGUUAAAAAAGUAUUUGAUGAUGUUUUUGUGAAAUAACCCCCCCUACCUUUUACUUUAGUUUUGGGAGAAGAUGUUGCUCUGUUAUAGAGCAUAAUUUAUUUAGGACUGGAGCCUGGACGUAGCUCUUUUUCUGUAUUGUAUUUUUUUUCUUACAUUCCUGAUCAAAUGAAUAAAGGUGUACCUGAGUUGUACCUGUUAAAACAGAGAUGGAAUAAUAUGGAAGUUAAACUGUUGCACUACUUGUUAAAAGUGGAAAAGUAGUAUCAUAUUUUAUUUAAAUGAAACCAGCUUUUGAGAAUUUGGAACUUUGUUCUCUGCUAGCAAUGGAAAAAACGGCUCAUUUAUUUAAGUCGUCACUUUGUUGUAGAGUAACCGAUUGGAUGCAUUGGCUUUCCACGUGUGUCAGAUGAGAAAAGUAGCAAAAUAUUUGUUUUUUUCCACAAACGUAAUACUGACUGAACUAAAAUCCCUGUGAUUGAAAAUUGAAUUAUUUCUGGUUCCGAACUGUGUGCUACACCUGCUGAAACGAUGCGUUUGUGUCGUGCUCUGGUCAGAGCGUCCACCUGUUCAUUUUCCACUUGCGGAAACAUUUGAAUUGAAACGUGCACCUAUUCCUUCGCAGAGAAGCGAUUGGCUGCGGCCGUUGGAGAGACCACUCCCACUUGUCCUUAUUUACACUGUCCCGUACGUUUGCGGUGCAUUCCUGAAAGCACUGAUGUUCCUACCGGAGGAACCAGGCCGGCUGCAGCAGACGUUGGUUUACUGCUGCUGUACUCGUGUUCUUUAGAUCGGUUCACCAGCGGUGCUUUCGGCCGUGGUCGCCGUCAUCACAUGGUGAGGUUCGGUGGUCCCGGUACAGUCCCCCCCCCUCCUGACCCCACUGUCCGUCACAUGCAUUGUGUUUUUGCUGUUUUUCAACUUUUUUCUAUUGUAAACUUUCUACUUGAAUUUUGUACUUUUUUUUUCUUUUUUAUACAAUAAAGAUAAGGAAACUAUA